AUUUUGACCAAAGGUCAGCGCGAGGCCGUGUCAGACUUCCUGAUAGCGCUGACGAGAGAGAUGCAGCCGGCGGCCCUCCUGCCGCUGCUGCGUAAGCUGACCAUCGACGUGUCCAAGCUCUCCGAGUACACCACCGUCGCCCUCAGGUUGCUGACGCUGCACUACGAGAGGUGCGGCAAGUACUACGGCACCUCCUCCAACACCCCCGGCACCGCCUCCGAGGAGGAGAAGAGACUCACUAUGAUGCUCUUCACAAACAUCUUUGAUUCUCUCGCCAAGAUGGAGUACGACCCGGAACUGUUUAGCAAGGCACUUCCGUGCUUGUCGGCCAUCGGGUGCUCGCUGCCGCCCGACUACUCCUUGACCCAUGGCCACGAGGACGAGCUCUACAACACCUCCUCCUGCGCCGAGGGACCCUACACGCCCACGCCCAUCGACACCACAGAUGUGCAGCCAGACCAGGACAUCCAGGACCUUAUAAAGAAGUUCAGUGAACAUAACCACGACGCGUGGGCCUCCCGCAAGUUGGAGAGUGGCUGGGUGUAUGGCGACACUUACUCCAUCGAGGAGAAGCUCCACCCAAGACUUAAGCCCUUCAGCAUGCUCUCUGACUACGAGCGGGAGCGGUACCGGGAACCCGUGCGGGACGCCAUUAAGGCCCUGCUGGCCAUCAACUGGAACAUUGAGUUCGAGAGUACUGAGGGUGUGAGCACCAGCGGCCGCGAGCAGCUUCACCGUCAGGACACUUCUGAUCUCUACAACUACAACCCUCAGCCUGUGGACAUGACCAACCUGACACUGUCAAGGGAGAUGCAGAACAUGGCUGAGCGUCUGGCCGAGAACGCUCACGAUAUUUGGGCCAAACGCAAGAAGGAGGAGCUGGACGCUUGCGGUGGGGGCAUCCACCCUCAGAUGGUGCCCUACGACAUGCUGACGGAGAAGGAGAAGCGCAAGGAUCGAUUUCCGCUCCGUGGAGCUCCUCAAGUACCUGCAGUUCAUGGGAUACCGUCUUACAAG